UGUUUGGCAAGGAAAUCAGGCUUUGCUGACAUUAAUCAGAGAUUUUAUUAUGAUCUGACACCAUUUGCUUGAUGUGUGUGAUUGCUUGCUUGUCAUUAUUUCAGCUUUGAAAAACUGUCAUAAUUAGACUUUAUUUGCAGUAUCUGUUUAUAAUGAAAUAAUACUUGAAGAAAAAUAUCAAAAUAUUUUUUCAUUUCUGAGUAGCAUUUUCAUUUUACAGAGAGGCAUUUCCUCCUUUAUCUUUUUUACCAGAGGGUAAAAAGCACAUCGGCACGAAUAACCAGAUAGACCACAUGUUUGUGUGACUCUCUAUCUUGUAUCUCUCUAUGUUUUCAUUUGAUAAUUAUUACUUACCUUCAGUGAAAUAUAGACAGAGUGGUGAGUUAAAAUUGCAAAGUAUCUUCUUCUCAAACUUUAUUUUGAAUUCCAUUUGUCGGAUAUGAGUCAGAUAGACCUACAGUAUACUAUUGCAUAUACUGCAAAAAAUGGGAGUUUUCCAUUUCAGGGCUCAUGAGUUAUAUCUUAAACCAAGUCCUGUUUCAUAUCUAUUUCCAUGUCGUAUUGUGUCAGCCAUACCAAGGUUACAAUAAAUAUGAACUGGGUGACUAAACUACUAUUGUUAAAAGAAUCAAUCAAUCAAUCAAUCAAUUAAUUAAGAAUCAAUCUCUUAAUUCUACUUGGGUUGUGAAUUACUGUUCGGUCUCCAUAUCUCCAUUCUACCAAUAGUACCCCUUCUACCAUUUCUACCAUCUUUUUGGAUCCAAUUGAACACUCCCACAGCUUCUCAUAUCACUGCUACACAGAUGAUACACAGCUCUAUGUGUCAUUCCCACCAAAUGAACCAGUGGUCUUGGGACCGGAGGGUUGCCAGUUCGAUCCCCGACCAGUCCACGGCUGAAGUGCCCUUGACCAAGGCACCUAACCCCUUACUGCUCCCAGAGCGCCGCUGUUGAGCAGGCAGCUCACUGCUCCAGAUUAAUGUGUGAUUCACCUCGCUGUGUGUGUUCACUAAUUCGGUUAAAUUGGGUUAAAUGCAGAGAAACGAAUUUCCCUCACGGGAUCAAAAUAGUAUAUAUUCAUUCAUUCAUGUCUCUGAGACAUAUCCUCAUGGAUGAAGGAACAUAACCUUCAACUGAUCCUCUCAAAGACUAAACAGCUGGUCCCCUCAGGCAAACAAACUAUAGCCUACAACACAACAUCUAAAAGUUGUUUUCCUUUGUGACAAUUGGCUCAAAAUUGUAACAAAGUGAGCGCAAGGGACAAAGCGCGGCAAAACUUAAGUUUAGUUCAACAUUCAAAAUGCUCAAAAUUAUAGCUCUUCUAUUACUGCAGAAAGCAGCCUAUUUGUUGCCAAACAAACAAACACUUCUCCCAGCAGGUGUUUUCCAGCUCACAAAUUAGGGCCAUCGGCCUCUGGGAGGAACAACACAGACAAAAACAAAACGGGAGUGGACGGACCUAUGGGGUCCGUCAUACACAUGAUGAUAGGGCGGUUCAUGUCCCAUCUCAAUCUAGGGGUGGAUCCUCUGUCCAGAGCUUGUUUUCCUCUGAGGGAGUGGUGGUUUCACCCCCAGGUAGUGGCACAGAUUUGGGAUCCGUUUGGCAGGACAAAGUAUAUCUAGCAGAAAUGUCGUCCGCCACACAACUAUCUGAGCAGCAGCUCCAGUGCUCCAUAUGUCUCUGUGUUUUCACUGACCCAGUAUCCACUCCAUGCGGACACAAUUUUUGUAUGGGGUGCAUUAACGAAUACUGGGAUAGCAUCCAGAACUACCAGUGUCCUGUGUGCAAAGAGAAAUUCGGCGACAGACCUUAUCUCAGGAUCAACACAACCUUCAGAGAGGUGGUGGAAGACUUCAAGAACAAAAAGGGUCUUUCUAAACCUGAAGUUCCCUGCGAUAUAUGCACGGAGUCGGGGGUGAAGGCGGUGAAAUCCUGCCUCGUUUGCUUGGUCUCGUAUUGUGCUGCUCACCUGGAACCGCAUCAGAGAGUUCCGGUUCUAAAGAAGCACACCCUUAUAGACCCUUACCAGAACCUGGAGGAGAGAAUAUGCAACAAGCACGGCCGACUCCUCGAGGUGUUCUGCCAAGACGACAAUACGUGUAUCUGUCAGUUCUGCAUUUUGACAGACCACAUGGGCCACAACACCGUACCAUUAGAAGUGGAGUGUGUCCACCGUAAGAUUCAGCUGGAAAAGACCCACACAGACAUACAGCUAGUGAUUAAGGACAGAGAAAAUCAGAUCAAGAAAAUCAGACACACUCUUCAAGUUGGCAAGAAAACCACUCAGACAGAAAUCGCAUCUAGUUCUGAGGUCUUCAUCGCCCUGAUGCGAUCUGUUGAGCAAAGCCAGGCCAAUCUGGCAAAGGCCAUGGAGGAGAAGCACAAGGAAGCAGAGAGAGAUGCAGAGCAGCUCAUCAAAGAGCUAGAAAAGGAUAUUAUCCAGCUGAAGGAGAGAAACGCUAACCUGGAACAGCUCUCUCACAGUGACGACUACGUGCAU